GGGAUGACAAUCCCGAUCACAUGACAUGAAAAUGCUCAGGUUGACGUCAUGUGAUCGGGAUUGACCCGGUGGUAUACUGUUCACAAGUCUAGAAUCACAUUCAACGCGUUAGAUUCAUGUCACAACGAGACCUUGACAGUGACAACGAACAUAGAUUUUGAACUCGCCAAGGCCCGAUAACGGCGAUAACGAAACUCUUGCCACACCCCCUUGACCUUUGGUCCUCACUCCGCGUCGCGUACCCUACUUUCGGUCGUUGAUCCGUCACACAACGCUCACUCUGAACAAACCAACCAUAGACUACAAACCCGUAGAAUAUCUCUACGCGCUUGCAAAUAAUUGCAGGCGAAGCCGUAAGAAUCAAGUCAGAUUCGAGGAUGUGUUUACUUAACAAGCGAAGAACAAACACGCGAGAUGCGUCGGACGACAAUUUCCCUGCCGCUCAGCUCUUUCUGCUCGCGCUGGUUAGAGUGGCAGAGCCAAUUGCCCUGACCUCCUUGUUCCCUUACGCGUGGAAGCUCGUCUUGAAUUUCCACGUUUGCUCUGAAUCAAACGCGCCUUUCUUCGCUGGCAUACUGAUUGCCGCUUUUUCGCUCGCUGAAGCAUGCAGCAGUAUGUAUUGGGGCGCCGUCUCAGACCGCGUUGGUCGUAAACCAGUGGUCAUUUUGGGUUGUUUGGGGACAGUUCUUUCUCUACUAAUCGUGGGGCUGGCUCCAAACUUCUGGGUCGCCCUCGCAGGGCGGAUCCUCGGCGGUGCGCUCAAUGGCAACAUAGGAGUUAUACAAACGAUCGUGGGCGAGCUGGUCACGCGACCAGAACAUGAACCACGAGCGUACUCGGUCAUGCCGUUUGUAUGGAGUAUCGGAACCAUCAUAGGCCCCUCUAUCGGUGGUUACUUCGCAGAGCCAGCGCAGAAUUUCCCAUCCUUCUUCAAUCCUACAGGUCCCUUUGCGACAUUUCCGUAUCUCCUUCCAAACCUAAUUUGCGCCUCGUUGCUUGUAGUUUCCAUUAUCAUGGCUUAUUUCUUGCUGGAAGAAAGCCACCCAGAUAGACGGCCGCAAGUAUCUACCGGGGACGGCGAGAGGCAUACUGCAGCGACCCCACUCUUCCCGACUCAAGGUGCUACUGCUGACGCCGGGGCUGAUCUGACCACUGAAUCGUAUGGAACGUUCAACGCAGUUGAGGUGCGACGUGACGAGGUCUGGCAUGUGCGAUCUAACGGGGAAUGGGUGGAGUCCUCAGUGAACGAAAAGGCCUUUACACCGGCAGUCGUCAUGUUUGUAGUGGCUCUAGGAAUAUUCACGUACCAUUCUAUGACUUUCGAUCACCUCCUACCUAUAUUCCUUCAAGACAAGCGAGCCGAGAACGAGGUCAACACAUUAGAUCUUUCUCUUUCCUCGUUGGGGGGUGGUCUUGGCAUGCCGAUUCAAACCGUCGGCAUCAUCCUAUCUGUCAACGGCGUUAUUCAACUCGCGAUUCAAGCCUUUGUCUUUCCCCUACUAGCCAAAUUCCUCGGUGUAUGGCGGUUACUGCUCUUAGUCACGGUCUUUCAUCCCCUUGCGUACUUUGCAGUUCCAUUUCUACAGCUUCUUCCGACGAACAUGGUAUUCAUUUCACUGUUUUGUUGCUUGGUCAUCCGCAGCAUCACCAGUAUUCUUGCCUUCCCCCUUUUGCUCAUCAUGAUCAAGGAGGCUGCGCCUGACAAGUCUCACCUCGGCAAGAUUAAUGGGCUCGCGGCUGCAACGGGUGCCGCUUGCCGAACAGUUGCUAGCCCUAUCGCGGGUCUACUUUACGGUCUUUCAAUCGAAAUACACUUCACUCCCCUGGCAUGGUGGGCGUCAGCCUUGGUAGCGGUUAUCGGCGCGCUACAGAUUCCGUUCCUCACUCGCGCAUCAAAUCAACAUCACGCUCAAGUUCAUACAGCAGCUCAUCGCUACUCAUCGAGCGAUCGUCGCGGGGAUGAAGUUGUUCACAUCACCGUUCAGGAUGAGGCGUAGAAUGGAAACAAUAGCUAGGUGUGAUCAGAUAUGUGCUGGAAAUUGCGAAGCUAGAUUGACGGCGAGCGAACUUGCCGAUCAUUGGUGUCUUUCCUAACGUUACAAAAAAGCGAUUCAGAUGAUACAAUUGCAUAUUGAGGUUGGGCGUUUGAUGGUUAUCUCUGGGUAAUGACAUUGCUGGCGUUGCAAAUUGACGGUAGACUUAAUACCCAAGGAUUGGGCAUAUGAGCAAGGAAGAGUCGUUGCAGACGGUAACUCGCAUCAAAAUAACAAGACAG